AUGAAACAAUAGGAAAAAGAGCGAUACUCAGUAACCUUAACAAAUGGUAACACGUAGAUUUUUAACUGUUAAUCACUUAACCUCAAAUAUUAGAUCUCAAAAGUUGAUUCUACUAUACCUUUUGAGUUUAUGAUGCUUGUCAAUGAUAAAAUCAAUUAUGUUUUUCAAUGUAACUUAGAUUUGACUAAGUCAUUUGUGAAAACAAAUUAAACAAAUGAAUUAUAUAAUCUGAAGUUAGUUGACAUGCAACAAGUCUUUAAUGAAAACUUAUAAUUAAAAACUAGAAAUAGACAAGUUCAAGAUGAAAUAAUAGAAUGUAAAAGGAAGAAUGAGGAGAUAAACAAUGAAUGUUAAGAAUUAAUGAGACAAAAUUAAGGGCAAUAAAAUUAAUUAAAUAUAGCAAACAAUAAGAUAAGAGAGUUGGAAGAAAUAUUAGAACAAACCUCUCAAAUCGGAAUGAAUGCUCAAAAAUCUUUGGAUUCAAAUUUAUAAUAGAAAAAUAAAGUAAUACAAUAAAAGGAAGAAGAAAUCUAUGCAUUGCAGCAAGAAGUCUCAAAUUAAAAAAUCAAAAUUUAAAGUAUUACAAGGUAAUUUUAAGAAAAGGAGGAUGAAUAUAAACAAAAAAUUUAAGCUGUUGAAUAAUCAGAAAAUGAAAUUCGUGAUAAUCUUAUAAAAAGUGUAAAUUAAGUUUAGGAACUAUAAGCAUAUAUAACUAAUCAAUAUAAUUAAUCAUGUACUCUAAAAUAAGAGUACGAAAACUUUUAUUAAUAGAUGAUGCCAUAUUAUUAGGCCUGUUUUGAAUUAAAUAAAGUAAAAGAAGAACAAGAUACUUCGAUAGCAGAUAAGGAUAAAAAGAUAAAAGAAUUAUAAAGGGAGAUUACAAGAUUGAAAGAAGAAGCUAAAGAAAAUUUAUAGUAACAAUAGGAUCAUGAUAAGGAAUAGUUGGAAAAUUAAAAAAAAUCAUCUGAAAGGCAAUAAUAAAAACUUAAUAAUGAUAUCAAUGAAUUAAAAAACUAAGUUACAAAUUUGAAGAAUUAAGUUUCAAUAUUAGAAGCAGGGACUCAAGAAAGAGACUAGAAAAUCAAAGAACUUAAAAAGUAGUAUUAGAAUGUAAAAGAUUUAGAAAAUGAAGGAAUUCAAUAGAAUAAUUUUUUUAAAAUGUCAACUGGUUAACCAGUACCAGAGUACUUAAAGAAGAAAUGA